UACACCUUGCCUACAGUCUGAUCAGUUCAAUCAAUGUUAUCAUCGCUGCAGAGAGGAAACGUCUGUAGUGUGUUGGGUUUUUUUUAAAGAAAAGGCGGACAAGCUCAGCACGAAAUGGACUGUAAAAUCUUCCUGCUGGUCUAAGAUUUUCAGCAUUAUCAAAUCCAUUCAUUUGGCUUGCACAGUGCUUAGGAGGAACGUGUCUGUCAGCUGAUAUUGAGAUGGACCGUUUCUGAACUUCACUGGCCACUCAGAGUUAUCAUCAAGCCUUGGACUGUGCUAUACUACUUCUCUCUCACCCACCCUCCUUUGGCCAUUGGUAACCAUGAUCAGCAGUGGCUACUCUCAUGUCUCCAGGCAGAGCUUGGAGGCCAAGAAGAGGAUGCAGUACCAUUCAAAGGGCAAGAGCUGCGGGUACUACAUGCGCAUUGUCUUCUUCUUCUCUUCACUCAUUCAGUCUCUUAUCAUUGUUAGCCUCGUGCUUUUUCUGGUCUAUGGUAAGAAGCAGGACUCACCGUCCACAGCACGCAUCCAGGACUUGGAGGAGAGCUUCAGCCGACUCUCCAUAGAGAAUGUCGCGCUCAGGCAACAGAGGAAAAACCUGACCAACUUACUUAAUAUCACCUUGACUGAAAAGGCCCGUAACGACUGGGACCUGAUGAAUCUCCGCUACUACUGCAACAUCUCAUCUCUCAUUAUCCAGGACCUAGAGAGAGCAAGGGGUCAGUGCAAUACUGAAUUGAUCGCCUGCAAACUCCGUAUGCCUUGCGACUGUGCAAUAAGACCUUUUUCAGUGCCAAUUACAGAGAACAGUAACUGUCCUCUGGUGGUUGAACAACUGAGAGCCAGGCUUCAGUUAGUGGAGUCCAACUUCACCCAAACAGCGCAGAGGAUGAGGAUGGAAAUGGACCAGAUUACCAAAGAGAGGGACUACAUUAACUUGCAGGCCAUCCAUCAGAGGAGGGAGAAAACCACACAAGAAAAGGAGUUGCAGCUCUGUAGGGAAAAAUCUAAAGGUGACUUUUUCCAGUCCUUGAGGGGUGUCUCCAAUGUCUCCAAGGCUUUCCUACUCAAAAUCGAAUCCCUCUUCCCUGCGCACAUUGCCUUCCAGCUCACCUGUCCAAAACAGAGGGAGCACCUGGAGCAGAUUCGCACCAAUUGCACCAGCCUGUCCAGAGAAGUAGAGGACAAGCUCCAGCAUUACCUGAACAGUGUGGGAGUCCAGGUGUCAGAUAUCCAGGCUGAGAACAACCGCUUGAAGGCAGAGAACUGGCGACUGUCUGAGGACUACCGCUGGUGCACUCAGAACCGCUCAGGCCUGAUCCAGGAACACAAACAGAACUUAGACAGCCUUCAACGGAAACAUGAUCAAGACAAAGAGAGACUCCUGGUGGAUAAGAUGAGGCUGAAUGGCGAGAUAGAUGUCCUGCAGAACAAUGUCAAAUAUAAAAAUAAAGAGGCUGAACACCUCAGAGAGCAAAUCAAGCAUCUCAACAUGUCCUGUGUUUCUAAGACAGGGUUGGGUGGAUUUGGAGGUGGGUCGAACUCUCGGAUAGGCACAUCAAGUCAGCCCGGCUGGAGCUUGGGUGGCUUAGGUGCUUCAUCCAGUUCUGCUGGUGGGGGUCAGCUUGGUAGGACAGGAUCAGGUGGGCUGGGAUCAAGCUUUGGCUCAUCUGGAUCAGCGUUCAGUAAGCCAGGAUCAACAGGCACAGGCUCUUCAAGCUCAUCUUUCUUGUCACCUGGGUCAAGUCCAAGCCUUAGCUCCACUGGGUCAGGAUUCAACAAACCAGGAUCAACUGGGACGGGCUCUUCAAGCUCAUCUUUCUUGUCACCUGGGUCAAGUCCAAGCCUUAGCUCCACUGGGUCAGGAUUCAACAAACCAGGAUCAACUGGGACAGGCUCUUCAAGCUCAUCUUUCUUGUCACCUGGGUCAAGUCCAAGCCUUAGCUCCACUGGGUCAGGAUUCAACAAACCAGGAUCAACUGGGACAGGCUCUUCAAGCUCAUCUUUCUUGUCACCUGGGUCAAAUCCAAGCCUUAGCUCCACUGGGUCAGGAUUCAACAAACCAGGAUCAACUGGGACAGGCUCUUCAAGCUCAUCUUUCUUGUCACCUGGGUCAAGUCCAAGCCUUAGCUCCACUGGGUUAGGAUUCAACAAACCAGGAUCAACUGGGGGAGCUUUCUCAAACUUUGGAUCAGCAGGCUCAAGUCCAAGUCUUAGCUCAACAGGGAUUGGCUCAAAUAAGCCAGCACUGAGUGCAAGAGGCUCAUCAACCACUGGGUCAGCCUCUGGGUCAAGUCUGAACCUUGGCUCAACAGGGAUUGGCUCAAAUAAGCCAACAUCAAGCAUGAAAAGCUCCCCAGGAUCAUCAUCUGGGUCACCUGGAUCUACAAGCAAAACUAGUUCAGCAAGCUCUGGAUUUUCUUGGCUUGGGUUUGGGAAUAGUAACUCAGGACAAAGUAAGAUAGGAACAAGUGGAACAGGGAAAGCAACUAGUGGAACUGGAUCGGUAUUUGGUGCAGGAAAGCCAAAUGGACUGGGUGGCCAAGCUAGCGGUAUCACUCAGCACCUUCAAAUGAUACAGCAACUCAUCAACCCCUCCGACCCAAAUGAUAAACAAGAAGUCUCCAGGAUGGUGGGUUAGUCCAUCUUAUCUUGAUGAUGAAAAUCAAGAGAUUUAUCCUCCAUUUCAUCUAUUUGACACAUCUAAAUGCAAGUUUAUCACACUGAGUUUAGAUAUUGUACAUUGUGAAUGUACUAUAUAAUAUUCAUUGUUUAUGGCAGUUUCUUUUUGAUAUCCAUUUAUAAAAGUAAUUUGAGUAACCUUUGCACUUUUGACUAAAAUGUGAAGUUGUGUGUACUAAUGAUUUGUAUCUACACAAUAAGCAACUUGUCACAAAUAAGCACAUGUAGUACUUUUAUAGUGUAAAUACAUAAAAAUAAAAGCUUUGUUUAAAC